GCAGUUUGAAUUGGAUUCUCUGAAAAAACAAACCUUAAAAUUAAUUCUCCAAAUUUUGAUAUCAUGGAAAAAGAAAUGCCCACCUUUAUAAAUAACAGCAUUGAACAACAAUCCGAAAGCCCGGACAAUGCAAUUGCGAGCAAGAACAGCGAUCUUGGCCGUUUAAGGAGCACCACCAACAAUUUGAACCCACCUACGCAGCUGCCUUUGGGCAAGGGCGAAGAAUUCGUCAGACAGAGCAGAGACGAGCUGUGUAUUGAGCAGAGCUCCGGGGCCACGGGAGUGCAACAUAGGGGCAUACUAAUAGAGCAAGGAAUCGCAGAAUAUUCCCAUUCGGAAGAUCGUAGUGCGGAGCUAAUUGGUGACUGCGGGAAGGAAACGGUUGAACAGGCGCGUGACGAAUUGGUUGAUAUACUGAGCUUGGAUUCCAGCUAUGCCCAUGUGAAGGGUAUACUAAUAGAGAAGGGCAUAAUGCAAGAGUCUAGUUCUGAUGCCGAGCGGCAAGUCGAUUAUUUUACCGAAGAAGAAGCAAAGGAGGUGAAGACCAUAGAAAUAAGUACAGAUGAGGAAUUCAUAAGGUUGUUGAGCAGCGAUAUCAAGACAUCCCUUGCAGAGGAAAUGUAUAUGGAAAAUGAAUUGGAGGAGUACAUUCUCAAAAAACUGAAGCCCCAAAAAGAGAUCCCCGAUGAAAUAGCUGCCAUGAACAAGUUCAUAAAAGAGUUCACUCUGCGCAUCGACAGCCAUCCCGGCAUGAAGGAAUGGGAGAAGUUCAACUCUUGUAUCGAAAAGGUCCAUCAAUACUACAUGAGCCUCGACUACCCAAUGUUCACCAAAGACGAUAACGGUGUACAGGGUAAUCUGGAUAACCAGACGGAACACAAGAACGUGGAUGUCUGUCAGGGUCUUACGCAAGUCGAGGCCGACAUCGAGAAAAUGAUGGAGCCAUUAAAUGAGCUCAUCCUGCGAUCCGAAAAACUUACCCAUAGUAUUGAGGGCAUCGAAAAGAAAAUCACCAAGUUGGAUACAAAAGUGGACAGCUUCAAUAUAAAGUAUAAUGAUACGCUCGCCAAUAGGGAGAAGUCCUAUGAGGAUAUGAUGGCGCUGCAGUCAAUGCGCGAAAGGAUCGGACAGAGACUCACGCGGAUCGAAACGGAAAUUCACACAUCCAAAACUCGACUACUUCAGGGUCACACGGAAAAUAAAUAGGGCUUGUUUGUAAAAUGAUGGGUUCCCUUCAAGCAUCGGAACGUACUCUGGGUAGCUUAUUUUUUUUUCUGCUUUCUCAACUUACCAAUUACACUUAUGAGCGCCAUUCCGAAUGCAAUUACCCUGAUUAUGGACCUUGUUAUGGCACUUUGCAUACGUAAUUAUGUUCAGUGGUAAAGUCAUAAGCUGUGGGCAACUCAAAUUCUGUGUAUGUCUUCAACUAUUACCCGGCAAACGUCAAGAAAUAAAUAUCCAAAUGUA